AUGUCGGUUGACCCAAAACGGUUACUCGAAAAGCGGUUGCGGAGUUUCUCCUCCCAUUCUUUCUGGCACAUUGUGCCUCACACAAAAGGUUUGUCGAUCGGUGUUUAA